GGGAAGUGAAGGAGGGCAAAUGUAUGGCCAGUUUUCCGAUGCUUCCAAAGGGAAGGGGGAUGGGGAACAAGCCGAAUGUUCUAGGGGCGGAGACACCCCAGCUGGGGUACCCAGGGUACUAUAGGCGCUCAAGCUGCCCAGCCCACCCAGAGCUGGGGCAGCUUGCUAGGAGUUUGCCUCUUCUGGCGGCUUGGGGAAAAGCUGGUUUCUCAACGUUCGUACAGUAAAAGAGUUAUUUUCUUUUUUCUUUUUCUCUUUUUCCCUCCCUCUCCUUUUCUUCGUUUCCUCUUCCCCUUGCCUCUUCAAACUCGUCUUCUUCUUCUCUACCUUCCUAUCCCCCCCUACCCCCCCCACGCCCUUAGUUUCCUCUACCGCGGCAGCAAAUAGCUGGAAUUUCCUCUGGGGGAAACUACGUGGAUCUUUCCCUAGGCUCUUCGCUCCGCCCUGGGGUUCUUUCUCCUCUUUUCGGAUGAGACCUUAGCCAGGAUUUAAAGAGAGAAGAGAGUUCCCUACCCCCCGGCGAGGAGCAAGCAAGGGAGAGUAGUGGGAGGAGAGCAGCUGGCAUCUGACCCAUCUCCGCCAUGUGACUCUGUCUUCUACCCACCUACCCCCCGUCCGGGCGCGCCCUCCCUCCCAGCGCCCCGGUCCCUAUUCUCCUGUAGCCCCGCACCAUGUUUCAGCGGGAUCGGGGGCAGCUAACGCAGCAUCCCAGCCUCCGGAGACAGGUAGAGCCUGUGCUACUAUUUCGCCUCUUCUACUGUACCUUCUUGGUGUGCACCAAAGAGAUCGCAGCCCUCACUGACUUCUCCGGUUAUCUAACCAAACUUCUACAAAACCACACCGUGUAUGCUUGUGAUGGUAACCGGUUGAAUCUUCAGUGUCCUCGACAUUCUACAAUUAGUGUCCAGUCAGCAUUUUAUGGUCAAGAUUAUCAAAUGUGUAAUUCACAGCAGCCUGCAACCAUGAUGCAAGACCAUUUAACCUGUAUGGCACCCACAGCUCUGCAGAAAGUACUGGAUGAGUGCCAGAACCAGAGAGCCUGCCAACUUCUUGUCAAUAGUCGUGUUUUUGGACCUGACCUGUGUCCAGGAACUACUAAAUACCUCUUGGUCUCCUUUAAAUGCAAACCUAAUGAAUUCAAGACUAAAACUGUCUGUGAAAACGAAGAGCUAAAACUUCACUGCCACGAGACAAAGUUUCUCAACAUUUAUUCUGCAACCUAUGGUAGAACAGCAGCUGAAAAGGACAUCUGCUCUUUUGAAAAAGAUUAUCUUCCUCAAUUUGAUUGUUUAUCUUAUUCAGCCUUGAAUGUAUUGUCAAAAAGGUGCUAUGGAAAGCAGAGAUGUAAAAUCAUUGUCAACAAUGACCAUUUUGGAAGUCCUUGUCUGCCAGGAGUGAAAAAAUACCUCACUGUGGGCUACGCAUGUGUUCCCCAAAACAUACUUACAGCGGUUGAUCCAAUGGUUUCUAAUCUAAAUCCUUCUUUGAAGCAGAAAGAUGGUGACUAUGAUAUAAACUUUGAUCCAAGCGAAUCAAAGGCUCUGGCGAAAGAUGGAGUUAUUGUCAGCAACUCUUUGGCCACGUUUGCUUACAUUAGAGCUCAUUCUGAAAGAGCUGCUCUGCUGUUUGUGUCCAGUGUUUGCAUUGGUUUAAUCAUCACACUGUUUGCUGUAGUGAUCAGAGUAUCGUGCACCAAAGACUUCCAGAAACUAAAUCAGAAAAAGAAACUCUUAGUUCCAGAAAUCAACAAGGCAGAGGAAGAGAGUGAAGAAGAAGAAGUGGAAGAUUCUUCAGACUCAGACUUUCCAGGUGAAAUGGCAGGAUUUUUCCGGACUUCUUACCCUGUCUAUAAUUCCACAGAAGCUGCUGUGGCAGAAAGGAUAGAACGCAGAGAUCAGAUCAUUCAAGAAAUAUGGAUGAACAGUGGUUUGGAUACUUCUUCUCCGAGAAAUAUGGAUCAGUAUUAUUGAAAACCAAAUGAGGACUGAGGAGUGUAUUCUUUCAAUUGGGGGUGGAGGGAGGAUCGCCAAUGUGAAAAGGAUAAAAUUUCAAAAUCCUCCUUAAGUUUUUUGUCAUUUGUACCUUCUAUGAAGGCCAAUUUGCAACAACAUCCAAUAUCAGUGAAAUUGAAAAAAUAAUAAAAAGGAAUGUUUUAAUUA